AUGUUUAAGGUCAUUGUGCAAAGAGCGAUUUGCAAUUUCCUUGAAGAAUAUUUUCUUUUCAGCAUAGAAUAUUUUCUUAUUCAGUUGGUAGUUCUGUGUCUGCACCAUGCACUCAGUUUAUCUGUUGCAGCAGAAACACCUCUUCGGAGCAGUUCAUUGACAAGUGGAUCACUGGGAAGAUUGCUUGCACCUCGUCGAUAUAACUUCAAGGAUGACAUGGAGAUAUUUUCUCAACUAUUGGAAGUUCAAUCAAAUACUCAUUCAUUUGAUCAGUUGUGGGAUGGAAGGUGGUGGUCGUGA